AUGGACAUCCCCAUCGUGGAGAAGGAGGUGCAAGGGCAGAAGCACCACAAGAUGACGCUGUCCCCGAGCUACCGCAUGGACAACAGGAAGAUGGUGAAAGUGCAGGCCAACCGGAGCGCGCACGUGGCGGUGACCGAGUACCAGAUGCUGAGCAGCACUGUGUCCUCUGCUCUCUUGGAGCUCCACCCUAUCACUGGUGAGGGGUCUGCCACGCCACGGCGGGAGGCACCACGGUCCCGCAUGGUGCCCAGUGCUGCUGGGCUCUGUCCUCCUGAGCAGCUGGUAUGGCGGGGGCGGAACUGCAGCUGA